AUGGCUACCUGCACUGGUAGAACGCCAGGUCGAUCAAACUAUCUACAAUUUAUUUUCGCUCUUCUUUUUCCUUUGCGGUCGCUGAUUCUACGCUUUUUUCACUGUUUUUCUUUAUUUUUUCUUUCUGGGUUCUUUUUUCUUAGCUGGUGUUUUUAUUUUGUUUUCUUUUUAAUGUCAUUUAUUCGAUAUUUUCUUCUUUCUUUUUUUUUUAUUUGUCGUUUUUUCUUAAUCUCUUUUGGUCGCUUUUUGUUUUUGUUUUUUCUUUCUCCUUUUUGUUUUCUUUCUUAUUUUACUCAAUCGUUUUUUUUUUGUUUUUUUCUCUACUUUCUUUUAGUUUCCAAUUUUCCCUGCUCUCUUUUUUCUUUCUUUUUUUUUAUGUUUUCGUUGUCUUUGUUUUUUCUUACUUUCUGUUGUUUUCUUUCCUUUUUUUUCUUUUACUCUUUUGUUCUUUUCUUUUUUUCUCUUUUUUGUUUUCUUUUCGUUUUUCUUUUUUUCUUCCUCUCUUUUGUUUUCUUUCUUUUUCUCUUUUCUUUUCUUUCUGUUUUUCUUUUCUCUCUUUUGUUUUUUUUCUUCCUCUCUUUUCUUUUCUUUCUUAAUUUCUUUUUCUCUUUUCUUUUCUUUCUUUUUUUCUUUUACUCUCUUUUCGUUUUUUCUUUUUUUCUUCCUCUCUUUUGUUUUCUUUCUUUUUUCUUUUUCUCUUUUGUUUUCUUUCUUUUUUUCUUUUCUUUUUUUUCUGUUUUUCUUUUCUCUCUUUAUUUUUCUUUCCGUUUUUUCUUUCUGUUUUUCAUAUUCCCUCUUUUAUAUUUCAUUCCCUCAUUCUUUAUUCUUUUAAUCUUCUUUCUUUCUUUCUUUUUUUUGUUUAGAUUUCUUUCUUUCUUUCUUUCUUUUUUUGAUCCUUUUACUAUAUUCGAACAUUUAUUUUAUUAUCUUAUUCUUUCUUUCUGUCCUUUUUGUUAUCUUUCUCUUUCUACUCACUUUCUCCGAUUUCUUCUUCUCCUCUUUCCUACUGUAUCCCCUGUCUUACUCCUCUAUUUCACUCUCUCGUACUCAUCUCUCUCCUUCCGAUUUUUCUUCUCACCCUGUCUUUCUCUACGCUUUUUUCUUAACACUUUUCUCUCUCUCUCUCUCUCUCUCUCUCUCUCUCUCUCUCUCUCUCUCUCUGCUUCUCUAUAG